CCAUGCUUGACUUAGAAAACGACCGACACUCGCUCACUCACCCACAGAGAGUUCUAGAUUCUCCCGUGAAAAGGGAAAAAAAACACUGACAUUGGAUUACAUCAGACAACACAAACAAGAAUACAGCAUACUCAAGUCAGUGGAUAGGUCAAAGUGCCUCUGAAAAGUGUCCAGAAAUCGGCAUUCAUUUUUUGAAGCCAGUGUAUGCUUUGUUAUACGCUAGAUUUCUGCCCGUGAUUUUGUCUCGGUAGAUACAGGAAAAGCGGGCCCAGAAUGGCGGCUUUGCUCCGUUCUGGCAAAUUUCUCCGCGUUGUCUCGGGUUUUGCCCGAUCGCCAGGGCCCGCAUUUACGGGCAACAAUGCGGGUCCCACGGCCGAUACGGCGAAUGCGGGCUAUCAUUUGGUGGUCAAUGCGGAUGCGGCUUCCCCAUUUCAAUCUUGGUCCUUGGGGCAGAUACAGAGUAGCUUGCCCGUGAUUACGGCUGCCAAAGACCAUGGGCAACGAGAUGAAGACCAAACCGUACUUUGUGAGGAUGGUCCCUUGUUUCUCAUGUCCAAUGACAUCACCCAAGCCGAGAUCAAAGAACUCUUGGCCAAAAUCCCAGAAUUGGAUCCCAAAGUGGCGCAUUCACAAUCGAUUUUGGUUUUGCGGCUAUGCGGCUCCGUCUUGGCUCAUGACUUGGCCAAGGGUGAAGACCGCACGGCCUUUGCUAAUGAAGUGUGGACCCAAUUGGAGGAGGAGAUGAAGGUCCCCAUGACAAUUCAACAUUACAACGCUUUACUGAGUGUAUACUUGGAGAACGAUCACACCUUCUGCCCCGCCUACUUCCAAAACCGCCUACGAAAUCGAUCCGUGCGGGCGAAUCAAGAAACAUUUGAAGCCUUGAUGCGGCGUUAUAGCAAAGAUGGGAACAUGGAAGGCGCUAGCAGGAUUUUAAAAGUGAUGCAAGAACGAGGCUUCGGUGUUUCUCGAAGUGCUUUCCACGCCCUCAUCAAUGGCCACGCCCAAGCUAAUGACUUCAAGAGUGCCAAGCAAGUGCUGAACACCAUGGCUGGCCUCGAAUUAGUGGCCAAUUCAGAGACCUUUCUUAUUCUAGCCAACGGAUUUGCUCGUUACGGUGACUUUCAGGGAAUCCAAGAUACGUUCCAGGAAGCCGUCAAACACAAAGUCAAGAUGGGGAACAAGCACGUGUACGAGGUCAUUUGGAAUCUGUGCGAGCACGAUCACAAGAAUCUUGUGUUCAAAGUGCUGGACUUGGCCAAUCGGGACAGUGAGUCCUUCGGGUUUGAGACGAAGGCCGUCAUUUCAAAGUUGAUUGCUUCUUCCCACGAUGACGUGGCCUUUUCGCUGCUCAAGUUCAUCCCACAAGCUCCCAAAGACGUAUCCAAGCGAGCCACAGAGUUUCUCGAUGAAUUAGUGAAGAAAAAUCGACCUGUUUCGAAGCUGUUAUGGUACGCCGAAGAGAUGAAGCGAGAGAAGAUCCUUGAAGGAGGCCUAGAAACUUUGCUUUUGGCGGCAUUGAACAAAAAUAACUUCUCCCUGGCCUUAAAACUGGCGGAAAUUUAUGUUCAAGACGGUCAUCCCCUCUCGAAACAGAUCACUUCAUCUCUUUUCACAAUGUGUGGCUCCUCUUUGGACGUCUUGAGCACCGCCAAAGCCAUUGGAACCGCCAAUCUCACCGGAGCCGAUCUGAAAUCCAUCGUGAUUCCCCAUGUAGAUAAAAUGAGUCAUUCAGUCACUGAGAUCACUGAGCACUUGCAAACCACAGGUCUUGAGCCCCAGAAGUUCAUUUCACCCCUCAUUGAUUACCUCUUGGAGAAGAAUCGGCACACUGAUGCCGAAGGUUUGGCACAAAGUCACCAAAAGUUCCUAAGCUCUGCUCACGCCGAUUUGUUCAAGCCUUCAAUUUCAGAAACCACCUCUGAAACCGGAGAAGUGUCUCAGAGUCCCGUUGCUCCGUGUAUAGUAGAUGUUAGCAUGGUCCAGAUGUUCGAUCCCGCUACAAACACGUUUCAAUGGUUCCCCUUACCUUAUGUGUGCGAUAUGUUCCGGACUCAAGGUCGGUUUUGGGACCUGGAACAAAUGUUGGUCACCUCCCGAGGGAAUUUCAAGAGCGAGGACCGAAAAAUCAUCUAUCUCGCCACUCUUCAAAGCUACUUGGACCACGGGUUCUUCGACAAAGUUAUCUUUCUUACCCAUCAGUUGGAGACUGAGGAGUUCAAGGGUGACUUUCCACAGUACGAUGAUCUCAUGAACCAAUUGGCCGAUGUUAUGGCCAUGAACCACAAUCAGUUUGCUCCCGAGAAUAACACGAACUAUCUUGAAGACGACAAAACCCAAGUCAAAGAAGAAUCUCGUUUCAUUCAGAGCCAACAUCGCAAUUUUAAACGUGCCCUGGGCUCAAAAUCUGGCGAGGAGGCUCUGCAAGUCUAUUAUGCCCUGGAAAAAGCCGGCAAAAUCCUAAAUAUCACAGAAUCCUCGUCGCUCAUCGAACUUUUAGUUAGAGAGAACCAAAUCACCGAAGCCGCCCAAAUCGCCGAAACCAUGUUAUCCCGAGAAAUGUACCCACUACCCAAAAUAUUUCGCUUCUUGUUGAACAAAAUGGCCGCUUCGGGACAUGUGGAACCUAUGGAGAGUCUGGGCCAGUAUCUCAGUGCCAAAGUCAAGAAGGACGUGUCCUAUGACAAUCGCUUGUGCAAUGCAUAUUUGUCAGCGUCCCGUGGAGGAGAAUUUCUGGACAAGCUUCAUGAGCAAUUAGAACUAGCCACGCCUGAAAACAUUCAGACCAUCAAAGACAAAUUCCCACGUGGUGGUGCUAUGGGUCUGUUAGAGAACUACCCUGAGCUCAUCGGCCACUACUCCAAGCUUGCUCACAAGUUCAUUCAGUAUGACUACAUCGCACCCAUGAAUGUCCUUUGGACGUAUCAUUUUAUCAAUGGUCGGCACGACCUGGCUGCUCCGUUGUGGGAGAAUUACGUCAAGAAUUGCCCUCAAAUUAUGUUUCAAAAGAUCUGCCAGACCGCCCGAUCUCAGGGCAGUCUCGAUAUGGCCUUCAAUCUGGUUACGCUCCUUCAAGAUGCCAAGGUGACCAUUGGCGCUCAGGGCAUUGCUUAUUCUUGUCUUCUAGACGUUCUGUCUCAAAAGAACCUGUUCAAAGAUGGUCUGAGCCACUUGAAUGAAGCUCUCCAGCAAGGUGUUCACUUGGAUGAUGUCAAUCGAACGGCUCUAGUCCGACUCAAAUCUGGUCUCGAGUCUAUAGGCGAAAAGUUCCCCUAUGAAGUACCCAAAAAAUGCAACAAUCUCAGUUCGGAAAAUGAAAGAAGUCUGAGUCCCGCCAUGGAUAAUUGAGUAAAGUUGAGUAGAAAAAGAAUGAUAUUGAACAUGGUUAUGAGUGGUUCCAAUGAAAAUAAGGAUCUUGAACACGUGUUAAUAUGAAUGUAUAUUUUAUACAACCCUGUGGGCAUCGCAAAUAAAAGUUUUACUACCACCAA